CUAGUUUGUUAUAUAGUUCGUUACUUUUUCCCCAUCUCUAUGUAAUAAUCUAUCAAUAAAUGGUGCUCCAAACAUUUUUCAGCCAGAUGGAAGUGUAACGUUUUAAAUUUAUAAACUGAAUUUUUAUGUUUAAAUUGAUUCAAAUUUCAAAAGCUUAAGAACUUAAUUGUAAAUAGUAGUAAAGGGUAUGCUUUUCCAUGAUAAAUAUACUCCACGAAAGAUCUUACAUAUCAAAAAUGCAAAAAGAAGUAGAUGACAUAGUUACAAAAUCUUUGCAAAAAGCUUAUGACCAUGAUAGAACUGGAAAUGUAGGAAAGGCAUAUGCAUAUUACACAGUUGUAGCAGAAUUAUGCCCUGCGAGGAGAUCAGAAAUUGAAGAAGCAUUUGUUGAUGUACUUUGUCAAUGGGGGAUUCAACUUGCAUACGAGAACAGAUUUGAUGAUGUUAUUGUAUGUUACAAACGUUCAUUGGAUAUUUUUCCAAAAAAUGCCCGUAUGUUACAUAAUUUUGCAGCUCAUCUUUUGAGGAAUAAUGAUCCAAUAAAGGCAAUAAAAUAUUUAAAGAGAGCUUUGGAAAGCAAUCCUAACUUUCUGCCAGCAGAAAGAAAUUUGCAAAAUGCGUUUAGCAUGGCAGUGGAUAGGUGGCAUUUUCCAAUGUUAAAUGACAAACUAAGGAAUAAUGCGUUUGAACAUGCGAUUCAAAGGAGAAUUUCCCAAGGAUAUGAUACCGUAUUAGAUGUAGGAACUGGUACAGGCUUGUUAAGUUUAUACGCGCACAGUGCAGGUGCUAAAAAAAUUUAUGCAUGCGACUGUUCACCAGUGAUGUUAAAAAUUGCUGAAAAAGUAUUUCAAACAAAUAAUGCUGAAGAUAUAAUAUUACUAUCGAAAUUUUCUUCAAAUCUUACAAUUCCGACCGAUAUCUCGGAAAGGGUGAAAUUAAUAGUAACAGAAACUUUUGAUGCUGGUUUAUUCGGAGAACACGUAGUACCAUCCAUGAUAAGUGUACAUACAAAUAUUUUGGAUAAAACUGGUAUAGUGAUACCUAUGAGCGCUACGCUUUAUGUAGCUGCUGUAGAAUGUGAAUAUAUCAGACACAGAUCUACUGUAAUAUUUGAUAAAGUAAAAGAAUCUUGCUCUUUAAAUUUUGAUAAUAUAUUUGUAUUGAUAGAUGAGGAAUAUUAUGAUACGGAAAAUUUAAAAAAUGUUAAAGUUAAGUAUAUUACAGAACCUACAGCCCUUUUUACUAUAAAUUUUAACGAUUUGUCGGAUUUGCAAAAGUUUAAUACCGAUGGAGUAAAAAAUGUAAUAAACACAAAAUGUACAUGCGAUGGUACUAUUGACGGUCUGAUUACUUGGUUUAAAUUACAUCUCGACGAAAAUACAACGAUAGACACGUCACAAAGAAACUCCUGUUGGCAGAUUGCUAUUUUUUCGACUGUACCAAAGUCGUUGAUCAAAGGAGAUGCAAUAAUAAUUAAAGGAGAAAUAUUGAAAGGAAAAUUAAAAUGUUCUUAUAUAUCACCAAAUCGUAAAUUUGAUAAUUGUGAUAAUUACAUGUUCUUAUAUCGAUUACCCAAAGAGAUUAUAAUAUUUUUAAACGAUUUUGAAUAUGUUAAAUUACUUGCCGAAGUUAGUAGAUCACUGCUUAACAAAGAAAUACACACUAUUUUGGAUACUUCUCCUUUCCCAGUAUACGGAUUAAUGUUAUUAAAAGAGAAUAAGCAUAGUACAAUUUUAUAUUAUAAAACGGAAAAUACAAUACUUCGUCAUUUUAUUGAACAAAUAGCAGAACAAAAUGGUUUUAAAGACAAAUUAUUUAUUAUAUCAAAAUACAAUCACAUUAAAGUUUCUUUAGACACUAUAUUUGUUCAUAAUUUUGAUAUUAAAGGAGAAAUAAAAAAUUAUGGUGAAGAACACAAUCAGGAAUUUUUUCGAUGUUUGCUUAAACCAAAUGGUAUCUUAUUACCAGAGCAAAUAUUUCUUAUGGGUCAGCUUGUGUUUUCAAAGGAUUUACCAAAUAUGGUGUAUGUUAGGGAUGAAAAUUUACAAGGAAUGUCAACGCUUGCAUUUGAUGCAAAUUCUGAAAAGAAAUUCAAUGGUAUUUUUGGUAAUACACACUGCUAUGGAAUUGCGCAAUACAUUAAUGAAUUUAAGAUAAAUCAAAUUUUUGAUUUGAAUUCGUGUUUGUAUUUGUACGAACCUUUAUCUGAUGUAAACGUAAUGAUAGAAAUGAGAGAAAAUGAAAUUGCGGAACGUAUAAUAAAUUUUGGAAAGAUAAGUGCUUCUAAUAAUAAAUUACUACCAAAUGCUUUAGUGUGUUGGUACAAAAUUAGAUUAACAUCGAAUCAUAGUUACAACACAAAAAGAAGUGGAUCAUUUAUGAAUCAUACAGCAGUAUUAUUAGAAGAUGAAUUAAAAAAUACUAUUUUACAAGGCAAUGAAGUAUGUGUAAAAGUUCAACAAGCCGAGGGUAUGAUACGAAUAAAAAUUAAGUAAUUUCAACAGUGACCCAUAUUUUAUAUAUUUACUAUCCGUUUCAAAUGUACAUUUGUUACUUACAUUUUAACGUUUUAUACGUAUAAAUAAUAUAUUUCAUUAGUAAUACAAGUAAAGUUAAUACAAAAAUGAAAUACUUUAUAUUUCCAUAUAAUAAUAUUAAUUAUUAUAUUAUUAUAU